GGAAAAAGGCUUAGGAGGUCAGUUUAAUAUGAGGGCUUGAUGUGCCAAAGGUUGCCAAAAGUGUGCUCUGUGAAGAUCAGUACAACAGCAGAACACCAUGCUGGGCUCUUUGGUCCUAGCUUGGAUUUUCAUCUGCCUCCUGUUCCUCUUCAUCAGGAUCCAGAAGCCCAAGAACUUUCCUCCUGGACCCCGGCCUGUGCCCAUAUUCGGGAACCUGAUCCAGCUGAACAUUACGAAUCCUCUGAAAGACUUUGAGAAGUUGGCUCAGCGCUAUGGGAACAUUUACAGCCUCUACUUUGGAGGAAGACCAGCAGUGGUUCUUACUGGUUUGAAGGCUGUGAAGGAAGCUCUGGUGACCAAGUCUGCAGACUUUUCAGGACGCCCACAAAACAUCUUGGUCACUGAUAUAACGGAAGGGAAAGGACUUAUAUUUGUUGACUACGGUCUUCGAUGGAAGGAACAUCGACGCUUUGCCCUCAUGACCCUGAGGAACUUUGGCAUGGGGAAGCGAUCCAUGGAGGACAGAAUUCUGGGAGAGACUAAACAUCUUGUUGCACGUUUGGAGAAAUGUGCUGGAAGGGUCAUGAAUCCUCAGACUUUGUUCCACGAUGCUGCAUCAAAUAUCAUCUACCUGGUUUUAUUUGGCACUCGCUACGACUACGAGGAUGACAACCAUAAAAAAUAUGUUCAGUAUUUCACUGAAAAUACAAAGAUUGUCAAUGGACCCUGGGGAAUGAUCUAUGAUAUGCUUCCUAUGCUGAGAUUCCUGCCACUUCCCUUUAAGAAGGCCUACAAAAAUUACUACACAGUUGAGAAAAUGGCUGCAAACAUGCUCAGCACACACAAGACGUCAAGGGUCCCAGGAGAGCCGAGAGACUUUGUCGACUGCUAUCUGGAUGAACUUGAUAAGAUAGUGUCAUCUGUUCAACAGAGAGGAGAUGAUGGAUCUUCCUUUGAUGAGGGACAGCUUGUGAGAUACAUUAUGGACCUACACAUGGCUGGGACAGAUACCACCUCCAACACCCUCCUAACAGCGUUCCUGUACCUCAUAAUACAUGCAGACGUUCAAGAGAGAUGUCAGAAGGAGAUUGAUGAGGUUCUGGAGGGUAAAGCUCAUGCAUCUUUUGAGGACAGACUCAAAAUGCCGUACACACAGGCUGUGAUCCACGAGUGUCAGCGUGUCGCCAAUACUGUCCCUCUGAGUGUGUUUCACUGCACCAGCAGAGAUACUGAACUGAUGGGUUACAGCAUCCCAAAGGGUACUCUCAUCAUCCCGAACCUCGCCUCAGUGCUGAGUGAGGAAGGCCAGUGGAAGUUUCCUCAUGAGUUCAAUCCAGCUAACUUCCUGAAUGAGCAGGGACAGUUUGAGAAGCCUGAGGCCUUCCUACCCUUUUCUGCUGGGCCUCGUACGUGUGUCGGUGAAGGUCUGGCUCGCAUGGAGCUCUUCCUCAUCUUGGUCACUCUGCUGCAUCGGUUUCAGUUCUUCUGGUCUGAAGAUGCAGGAGAUCCAGACUUCACUCCUGUAUAUGGAAUCACACUCACACCCAAACCAUACAGGAUGGGAGUCAGACUGAGACAGCCAGCUAGAGAAAUGUAGAACAUGAAGUGUUUGUGAACAGAUGACAAUGUACUGAAAAUUUAUGGUACAAUAAAAUUGUUGAAUAUACUGCAAUGCAUGAAUACCAGAGUAGAUUAGAUUUCAUUAAGAGAAUAAUAAGUAGUCUGGAAAAAUAAGCAAAAUAUUUAAGCAUCUUAAAUAAAAUAUUGGAGUCUUGCUAGGAUUCACUGGUACAGUGUUUUUUAAUUCUGCUGGUAGGAACACCUCACUGAGCCCAUCCACUGAUUAUCAAGACCUUAAUGAGCUUCAUAAGGAUCAAGUGUUUUUGGACAGGGAGCAGUUCAAACUGUGGCUGUGGCUCCUCAAGAACAGGAUGAAGAAACAUAAUACUAGACGUAAAACACUUCACAGUUUUACCACAUAGCUAAUCACAGAAUCACUUUCAUUCUGUACUAUGUGCUUUUUUACUGUAUAUUAAAAAUGUGUUAUAUGUGGCA